AUGCGCGGUAAGGUCCGUAUCGGACAGGAGGGCAUCAAUGCAACGUUGGCUGGUCCAAAUGAAGAUAUCGAUACCUACUUGAACUGGCUAACACACACGGCCCCAUUCAGGGACACGCCAGAUGAGCUCAAGGUGCCUCAGCCACUCACAGAACGAGAUUCACCAAGAUACCGGUUCUUCAAGCCAUCCAAAGGAUGUAAGCAUGCAUUUGCCGAACUUUCGAUAAAGGUGGUGGAUGAAAUCUGUCCUUUGGGUCAAACCUCUAUUGCCCUUGAUCACCUCCAGGAUCCUGCUCACAGACAGGGCAAACUCUCGCCUCAGGACUUUCAUCAUAUACUCUCAAGACGUCACGAAGAUGACUUUUUGCUGUUGGAUACCCGUAACUACUAUGAAAGCAAGAUUGGUUACUUUGAGGGAGCCAUUAAACCGGCGAUACGAAAGUUUAGUCAGUUUCCAGAUUACAUCAAUAGAAACAAAGAAGUCAUGCGAGGAAAAAAGAUCUUGACGUAUUGCACAGGCGGUAUUCGCUGUGAAAAGGCCACAGCCUAUAUGCGACAGGCAUUACCAGAGGAUACACAGAUAUUUAUGCUCGAUGGUGGUAUACAUAAUUAUUUGGAAUGGUGGAGCAGCCAUGAGACGACUAGUAAAGAUGAACGACAGCCUAUAUGGCAAGGCAAGAAUUAUGUAUUUGAUGCUCGUCAGUCGCUAGCUGUUAGUGAUACGGGUAUAGCAAGUCAAUGCGAGAAAUGUCACAAGCCCUGGGAUCAGUAUAAAAAGUGUGCCAGUAAAAACUGUCAUCUGUUGGUGCUGCACUGCGACGAAUGCUCUCCAGAUGCUAUUGCCUACUGCUGUUCCAAGUGUCAGGAAGGCCAACUGACUGGUUUGUGUUCAUGCGAAGAACAAAGACGUAUAGAAGAGCAUAAGUUGAUUACUAUUACAUAA